GAGUGGAGCUAGGCUGUGUAAAUGAUUGUUAAGUACAAGAUUUUAGCAUGAUUGAAAGAAAUGACUGAUGUGUGGGGGGAUAACUUUUCUAAGUUGUUUUUAUUUCCAGGUUUCAAUGUAAUUAGGCUACUGAGCGGAUCAGCUGUAGCUCUGGUAAUAGCCCCUACUGUAUUACUGACAAUGCUUUCUUCUGCUGAACGAGGAUGCCCUAAGGGCUGUAGGUGUGAAGGCAAAAUGGUAUAUUGUGAAUCUCAGAAAUUGCAGGAGAUUCCCUCAAGUAUAUCUGCUGGUUGUUUAGGUUUGUCCCUUCGAUAUAACAGCCUCCAAAAACUAAAAUACAAUCAAUUUAAAGGUCUUAAUCAACUCACCUGGCUCUAUUUAGACCAUAACCACAUCAGCAAUAUCGAUGAAAAUGCUUUCAGUGGAAUACGCAGACUAAAAGAGUUGAUCUUGAGUUCCAACAGAAUCUCCUAUUUUCUUAAUAAUACCUUCAGACCUGUGACAAAUCUCCGGAAUUUGGAUCUGUCGUACAAUCAGCUGCAGUCUCUGGGAUCUGAGCAGUUCAGGGGCUUAAGGAAGCUGCUGAGUUUACAUUUGCGCUCCAAUUCCCUGAGAACCAUCCCUGUUCGAAUAUUCCAAGACUGUAGGAACCUUGAACUGUUGGACCUGGGUUACAAUCGCAUCAGAAGUUUAGCCAGGAAUGUCUUUGCAGGUAUGAUCAGACUGAAAGAGCUUCAUCUGGAGCACAAUCAAUUUUCUAAGCUCAACCUGGCACUUUUUCCAAGGCUAGUCAGCCUUCAAAACCUUUAUUUACAGUGGAAUAAAAUCAGUGUGAUAGGACAAACUAUGUCCUGGACCUGGAGCUCAUUACAAAGACUUGAUUUAUCUGGCAAUGAAAUAGAAGCUUUCAGUGGACCCAGUGUUUUUCAGUGUGUGCCCAAUUUACAGCGCCUCAACCUGGAUUCAAACAAGCUCACAUUUAUCGGUCAAGAGAUUUUGGAUUCUUGGAUAUCUCUCAAUGACAUCAGCCUUGCCGGGAAUAUAUGGGAAUGCAGCAGAAACAUUUGCUCUCUGGUAAACUGGCUUAAAAGUUUCAAAGGGCUGAGGGAAAAUACAAUUAUUUGUGCCAGCCCCAAAGAGCUGCAAGGGGUGAACGUUAUCGAUGCAGUGAAAAACUACAGCAUCUGUGGCAAGAGUACCACGGAAAGGUUUGAACUAGCACGAGCUCUCCCAAAGCCAACGUUUAAACCAAAACUCACCAGGCCCAAACACGACAGCAAGCCCCCUCUGCCCCCGACUGUGGGAGCCACAGAGCCCAGCUCUGAGCCCGAGCACGACACAGAGCACAUCUCCUUCCACAAAAUCAUAGCAGGCAGCGUGGCUCUCUUCCUGUCGGUGCUGGUGAUCCUGCUGGUGAUCUAUGUGUCGUGGAAGCGCUACCCUGCCAGCAUGAAGCAGCUGCAGCAGCGCUCUCUCAUGCGAAGGCACAGGAAAAAGAAAAGACAGUCGCUGAAGCAAAUGACUCCAAGCACACAGGAAUUUUAUGUAGAUUACAAACCCACCAACACUGAGACCAGUGAGAUGCUGCUGAAUGGAACAGGACCCUGCACGUAUAACAAAUCAGGCUCCAGGGAAUGCGAGGUCUGAAAUGAUGGCUGGUCCCACUGAAUCCUUGAAACAUGGUUGGAAGAAAUCCCGCUGUCCAUGAACGUGUCCACGUUCCUGGCCUACGAGCAGCCGGCGCUGAGCUACUGCGGGGUGCAC